AUGAAACUUACACUGGCCAAAAAGGGGCGACUGUUGAACGAAGAACAUAAGAAGCGACCGGCCCACAAAGUUUACAACGACGUCAAGGCAACAUCUCUUGAAAACAGGCCGCCAAUGCUCUCUUUUUGGGUGGUUCUGUCUGUUUUUCUUCCAGCGGCUCAUGCUCAAGGUUCAUUCUGAAGUAUCUCUCGCUUGAAUAUGUUCUAAUUUUAGGAAGAGAAGGCGGCGGAGGUUUGCGUAAGUCUUAUUUUACCUCUCACUUGUGUGAAGUCCAAAGCAGGAGUUUGAUUAAGAUUUGAAACUGACUUUUUUCAUGAACAGUCAAACUUUUGAGAAUAAAGGUUGGAAGCUCAAGCGAACAGUUUUUUUCAAAAGAAACUUCAUUGAUAAUUUUCCUUAGAUAGGACCCUGUGUGAGACAAAAAUGAAAUAUAAUUAUUUUAAGCUUCGUUAUUUGGCGGAGGACCGUUUUUUAGAGGAAGGCCUCCUUUCAUACCUCCACCGCAACCUCCGCCAGGAUUUUUCCCCGGUGGAGGUCCGAGAAACCUCCUGGAAGGAGCUGGAAGAUUAGCAGCAGAUAUAACUCAAGGUGUUUUUGACACUGUUGGCGGCGCUGGUCAUGAUGUUGCUGAUGACUUCGAUGUGCGUAUUUAUACUGUCAAAAAAUUAUAACUUCACUGACACUUUCUAAACCAGAGGUGGAAGAAAUGAGAGGCCCUCCCGGGCGCAACAUGCCCGCCUCAGCCAUCAGGCCUCUGAGAAGAAAUGAGCCGCGUCAUUAUGUGUCGAUGGCGUAUAAUACCACGUUGCAAAAGUAAGGCGAAAAUGGUUAUUUUUGUUCACUUUUCAUUAAAUCGUGAAUUUUUUUCAAUAAUUUUUUUAAUUUUCAGUGGACAUGAUGUCCAGUUGAAUUUUUUUAUGUGAAGUACGGUCAUAUUUGUCCUUUUCUUCAGGCGAAAUGUUCCAGAUUUAUGGUUACAAACCCGCUGACUAGUGAGAGAAGAAAUUUCCGUCGCCACCAAAUUGGAAAUUCAAAAAACCUUUUCUAAAGCUUCGAAAACAACGAUUUUACAAGAUUUUAAAAGGUUUCAAUUUUGCGCGUUCUUUUUCUUCUAAUGGCGUUUUUUUGCCAUCGCGGUUUCGGCCCCGGGCGCCCUGCGCAGCGACUUAUCAAGAAUUGGCCAUGGCGGCCUUCGUCGGUUUAGAAAUGUAAACGUUUGAAAACGCUUAGGGGCGCCAUUUCUCCACCUCUGGUAGUUUAGAUUCUAAACUACUAUUCUAUCAACGAAUCAUUGCAAAAUGAUAGGAAACUUCAAGUAGUUUUUUACUUUCAGCUAAUAAUUCAAGUUUUUAGUUCAUCUAAGGACCUUUAGAAUUAGAUAAAUAAAAACUUUCAGGAAAUCAGAAAAGGAAAGCGAAUUUCUGUCAAAACCUGGAGACGCAAAGCUCGUCGUUUCUGUAGACGCUUUCCCGGGCAUCCUCAUUGCAGGUAAUUAUUUUCUUCAGGUUUAUUCCAUUGAACUGUCAAUUUCUAGAAAGGGAGUAGUACCAAAUAUUGGCGACAUCAACGAAAUCGUUACAACCUUAUCGAUCGAGCGUAUCGGCAAGUUCCUUCCUAAAGUUCCCAGGUACAAUCUCCUUUUAAAAGCGAGAAAAAAUCUUGUUAAAUUUACAGAAUAAAAACUUACGAUCCUCUGAAAGGAAUCGAUCACAAACUUAAAGAUUACCUGAAAGGAGUUCAACUAAACCUCGGAGAAAUCAAUGUUGAGAACGUUCUGAAAAUUAAGGUAGAAAAUAGUUCAGCGCAACCUGAAACCCAACUUACAGGACAUUUGUAAAAGAAGGAAAUGUCGUGAGCAACCAGCACACGCCAAAAAGAAGAGACAAUUCCUUGCUAAUAAGGUUGAACUGACAAUGAGAUGUUUUCCUUCAUGCAUUCUGAUUACAGCUGAUUGAAUUCGAGAAAGCGACUCUUGGUAAAGACAAUUCAGAAGCGAUUCAACUUAGGCUUGACAGAACUCUCCAAUUGAAAGAAGCUUUAUUAGAAAAGGGAAACCUAUCCGACAUUGUAAAUCGCUUGGAUUUCCGGAGAAUGCUCUAGUUUAUUCAGGUGACUCCAGUGGAUGAUGGCGUCUUUGACUCGGACAUGAUGCUCACGGAAAACCAAGCCAAUUAUCUUUUGAAUGAACUCAACAAAGCUGGUGAAGGAGCUGACGAGAUUCCACUGCCUGAAACAGAUUCUGAGGAUUCGGACGCGGAAACAGAAGCUACUGCAGCUCCUACGCCGGCCCAAAAAGCAAGAAGGUUUGAAAGAGUACAUCUUGACGGGUGAGAAGAAGAAUUUUCAGAUCUUCUAUCUUUUUCGAGGAACAUCUCAUACAAAAAUGGCCAUCAAACAGUCCGAUUCGUUUUGUAUUUGACUCAUCGCUAGGUUUUUUUUUUUCUCAUAAUGUUUUGUAGAACUUCUUCAAAUUGCAGAAGAAGUUGAUAAAUCUGACGUUCGAGGGGCUAUUCUCGAAAUUGAGCAAAAAACCUGCAUCCGCUUCCAGGAACUGAAAAGUGCACCUUCAGGACCGCAUAUAAUGUACUACAAAGUUGAUAGCCCUACUUUGUGAGAAAUAAAUUGUGAAACAAGCAUAAAAAUGAUUUUCAGCUGUGGUCUUUCAUACGUUGGAAAAGUUGAUCCUGCUAAUCCAGUUUACUUGAGUUUUGGAUGUCCAAAUGUGGGUUUUUUUUUAGUUUUCAAUUUUCACUCAUUCUAGCUUUCCAGUAAACGGCGUGUAAAAUUUCAUUUCAGUGAAAAAAAGAAAGUAAUUUUUUUUUGAUCUUGCUUUUUUUCACAUAUUCUGCCAAACGCUCCAAAACGAGGAAAGUUAGUCAUGGUCACUGUCUGAAAGGUCUGAAGUCGAAUAACUGCGAAAAAUCACAACUUCGAAAUUAGACGUUAGCACAAACAAAAAAAUUAUCUUUCUGAAAUUUUGCUCAGAAUAAAAAUUUCCGCAAAAACGAAUUACAAACCUCAUUCUAGAAAUAACUAACUAUGUUGGGAGUAUUUCUGUAAAUUGAAUACAUUUACUUUAUUUGCAGAGUCGAGGAGUUGCAGUUCAUGAAACAAUGCACGCCUUGGGCGUCGCUCACCAACAUCUUCGGGCUGAUCGAGAUCAGUUCAUUACUAUCAACUGGAACAACAUUGAUCCUCAAAACUACGACGCUUUCGUGGUUGUCGAUUCUAAACUCUACUCCUCGUACGUCUCCGAUUCUCAACAAAAAAACUCAUUUGAAACUUUCAGUUAUGGAGUGAAAUAUGCCUACGACAGUAUAAUGCACUAUAACGCCUACACAGCAGCCCACAAUACUAACACUCCGACCAUGUCGCCGAAGGUUCACCUUUUCUUCUUUUUGAAAGAUAAUGUGAUACUUUUAGGUGAACUCCGCAGCAAAUCUAGCCAUAAUGGGCCAGAGAAACCAAAUGAGUCCUGCUGAUGUUGAACUACUCAAAAAAAUGUACUGCUCACCAGGUUGUCUAUCGCAUCUUUUUUUCAUUCAUUGAAAGUUUCCCUUCAGGGUGUGACGACAAAAAUGUGUAUUGUGGAGCCUGGGCUCUUCAGACCCUUUGUACAAAUCCAAGCCACGAUAAAUGGAUGAGCACCAACUGCCCAAAAAGCUGCAACCUUUGCUCCAAAGGAUAA